CCUAUGUAGUGCACUUCAUAUCCGAUGCGAAGCGUUUUGGGAUUCAGCCUGAAGCUGUAACUGACUGGCUGGAACCCGCAUGAAUAACCUUUAAGUUAUCUAUGAGGUUAUUAGGGACAGAAACAGGGGAAGUUGGAUAAAUGUCGAGUGUUAAUGCUGAAACGUUUGUAGAGCGAUUAAACCGAGGACAGGUUGUAUAACGUGUUUUACAUGGUUUUAUCCAGCUAGCUAGCAGACUAAUCUCUUAUGUGUGUUAGUAAAUGUAAGUGUAUUUCAAUAUAGAAGUGUAUCAGCCAUGUCCGCUUCGAAAGCGCUGUUUCUGAGUGUUAUAAGGCACAGAGGAACUGUUAAGCUCUGGAGGAGGAAUGUCACCACCUGGUCCCCAGUUGGAGCAGCUUUCAACGCCAAAACUGGCAGAAGACUUGACCUGUUUCAACAAAAUGUGGGUUUGUUUGGUGUUCCUGAGCUGAGCUGUACAGAGGGAUUUGAGGUGAUCCAGGAGAAAGCUCUGCAGGAGACCGAGCACCUGGUGGAGAAAGCCUGUAGCACAUCGCCCGGCCGUGUGACUGUGGAGACAUUCGAUAAACUCUCAGACAGUUUAUGCAGAGUGGCUGAUCUGGCAGACUUUAUAAAAGUGGCCCAUCCUGAUCCACUGUACCGAGAUGCCGCGGAGAAAACCUGCAUGAAGAUCGGCACCACGGUGGAAAAGCUUAACACCAAUGUUGAGUUGUUUAAGAGUUUAAAGAACCUGCUGGAUGAUGAGCAGGUGAUGGCCAAUCUGGAUCCAGAAACAAGGAGAGUAGCUGAGCUGUUCAUGUUUGACUUUGAGAUAAGUGGAAUUCACCUGGAUGAAAAACAGAGGAAGGAAGCAGUCAAGUUGAAUGUUCGGCUGUUGGAUCUGAAUAAUCAGUUUCUAAUGGGCUGCCACACACCAAACAGAAUUGAUAUGAAAGCUCUCCCUAAACACAUCCUUCAGCAAUUUACCAAUGAAGGAAAAUAUGUACAGAUUGGAGGACUGCAUGCUGAUGCACCUGAUGAUCUGGUUAGGGAAGUUGCCUACCGAAUUUUUCUGUACCCAAAUGAAGAUAUGAUGCAUACCCUUGAGGAACUGCUGGCUUGUAGACAUAAACUGGCUAAGCUGGUUGGCUAUGAAUCUUAUGCACACAGGGCAUUAAAAGGGGCCAUGGCCAAAAGCCCAGACACUGUGAUGAAUUUCCUAAAGCUUUUGACAGAGAAGCUUGAAGACAGGACUGCAAAAGACUUUCAAAUGAUGAAAGACAUGAAGAGCAGAUUUAAUCCCAGGAAUCCAGAACUUAUGCCAUGGGAUCACCCCUACCUGAGUGGUGUUGUACGUGCAGAGAGAUUUAACAUUGAGCCAAGCUUAUACAGCCCUUAUUUCUCCCUGGGGGCCUGUAUGGAAGGUCUGAACAGUCUCUUUGCACAGCUAUUUGGUGUGUCACUUUUGGCUGAACAGCCUAGUGCAGGAGAAGUGUGGAGUGAGGAUGUACGCAAACUGGCAGUGGUACAUGAAUCUGAAGGAUUGCUGGGAUACGUUUAUUGUGACUUCUUCUAUAGACCAGACAAACCCCAUCAGGACUGCCAUUUUACUAUCCGUGGAGGUCGGCAGCUGGACAAUGGGCAGUACCAGUUGCCAGUGGUGGUGCUGAUGUUGAAUCUCCCACACCCCACCAAGAGUGCACCUACACUCCUUACACCAGCCAUGAUGGAGAACCUCUUCCAUGAAAUGGGUCACGCCAUGCACUCGAUGCUCGCACGCACACACUACCAGCACGUGACAGGAACGAGGUGUGCCACUGAUUUCGCUGAGGUGCCGUCUAUACUAAUGGAAUACUUUGCCACUGAUUAUCGUGUGAUCAACCAGUUUGCUCGCCACUAUCAAACAGGACAGCCUUUGCCUGAGAGUAUGGUGGCACGACUUUGCGAAUCUAAGAAAGUCUGCGGUGCUGCCGACACUCAACUUCAGGUUUUCUAUGCAGCUUUGGACCAGGUUUAUCACGGCAAACCGCAAAAACUAUCAACUACAGAUAUCCUGAUAGAGAUGCAACAGAAAUAUUAUGGCUUACCAUAUGUACCCAACACAGCAUGGCAGCUGAGAUUCAGUCACCUCAUUGGCUAUGGGGCCAAGUACUACUCUUACCUGAUGUCUCGAGCUGUAGCCUCCAUGGUCUGGAGGCAAUGUUUCCAUAAGGACCCCUUAAACAGGGAAACUGGAGAGCGCUACCGCCGAGAGAUGCUAGCUCAUGGGGGAGGGAAAGAGCCCAUGUUGAUGGUGGAAGGCAUGUUGCAGAAAAGACCAUCCAUCGAGGAUUUUGUUGAUGCCCUGGUCUCAGAACUGGACCCAAAUUUUGAGACAUUUUUCAUGGACUCAGAAGGAUGAUUCCACUACCUUGCAAAGCUUCCUCUUUAUAAAAGUGAAGGCCAUAGUACUUACCUCAGGCUGUCUAGGGAAAGAGUUAUGAUUCUUUAAUCAACAAGGCUACUGUGAGACUUCAGUCCAUUCUGCAGUAUUUGAGAUUACAAAUUCAACACUGAGAUCUGAAUAUGGUCCUUCUCCAUAGGUGUUGAAUAUAAAGGCUACUAGAAACACAAUUUUUCUUUUUUUUUUUCUUCUAAGCUCAGGCCAGUGUCCGAUAACUUGGUUAAGUUGAUCAAGCAGGGAUGCCAGUUUAAGUACAAUGUUUCGCAAUAUGAAUGUUCGUGUUACCUGAGGCAGUAAUAAAAACACAGGAACUUAAAGCACACAGAUAUGAUACUGUGCAACUGUUUCAACAUUUACUAUAUGGGUUUAGGAAUUAGUUCCAGUGAAGGGAAAUCUUACUGCAUACAAAGACGUCUUAUACAGUUAUUUGCUUCCAAGUUUGUGGCAUCGGUUAGAGAAAGAACCCCAUGUAUGGACCAAAUGAUCAGGUGUUCACAAACCUUUUGGUUUGGUGUUGCACCAUAGGAAUGGUUUUCAUCAUUGAAAGUUUUACAAUGUUGGAACAUCUGAAGGCAGGCUGGCUGAUUUUUACAACCUUAGUUAAGAUCAUUUAAUUAAUGUUUUGGUGAAAUAGAUUUCAGCUAUAACAACAUCUGAUGGGUUUUCCCAGAGCACCACUAUGCAUUUCAUUUUAAGCAAAGGCAAGUGUGCGAUAUCGGCUUAAUCACUUCAGAAUUAAUUACACCACAUCCUCAGCCUGUAAAUGCUUUGGUAAUUGGAUAAAUUAAAUAGAAUGUGUUGGAUAAGCUAAAGAACUUGAUGUGGUAAUGACAACAACUUACCAGAAAAAGGAACUUAAUAAUUAGAGCAAAAUGAAUUCCUCUGUGUAACACAUUAAAUAUAUGCACUAAUUUUGCCUCA